CGUUUAAUGUUAAAGAUAUAUUAAAUCUACCAAUGAAAAGUAGCUAGUUAGUCCAGAAAAUGUCAAACAUUCGGAACAAACUUCUUUGAACUUAAGUUAAGUUGUAACGUAACUAGAUAAUUUGUAAUAAGAUAAUCAGAUGGGUGCAUGGUUGAGGUGGAAAGUAGAAGGGAUUUUUGCAGUGUUGUGUUCGACUUGGGCUUGCUGCGUAUUGAAUUAGGUCGCUCUUGUCAGUGUUUGGAUCAGACUAUUCACCGGAAGGGGAUUAAUCUAACCACAAGCUUGGAAUAAUGACUAGCAAACCGUAUUAUAGACAACAUUAAUUACACAGGUCAGAUCUGUCUGUUGAUGAUGAACCUCAUGACUUGGAACAUUCACACAAGGGGACAGCAAGGAGAGUAAUUCCUCUGGACUAAGUGAAGACCUCCCUCUUGAACAAGCGUGAAACAUGCCCUUGCCAUUUGGCUUAAAACUCAAAAGGACUAGAAGGUAUACUGUUUCAAGCAAGAGCUGUCUUGUCACUCGGAUUCAGCUGCUCAAUGGAGAGUUUGUUGAGUUUACACUUUCAGUGGAGAGCACUGGGCAGGAAUGUUUGGAGGCAGUUGCUCAGAGACUUGAGUUAAGAGAGAUAACAUACUUCAGCCUGUGGUACUUCAACAAGCAGAACCAGCAGAGAUGGAUUGACUUGGAGAAGCCGCUGAAAAAGCAGCUGGACAAGUAUGGGCUGGAGCCCACCGUUUACUUCGGAGUCGUGUUUUACAUACCCAGUGUCACCCAACUGCAACAGGAGAUAACAAGAUAUCAGUAUUACCUACAGCUGAAGAAAGAUGUUUUGGAGGGCAGGAUCUCAUGCUCGCUUGAACAAGCUAUUCGUUUGGCUAGCCUGGCAGUGCAAGCUGACUUUGGAGACUUCAAUCGAUAUGAUUCCCAGGAGUUCCUCCAGAAGUUUGUGCUGUUCCCUAUUGACUGGAUCCAGGAUGAGCGAGUGCUGGACGAGGCCACUCAGAAAGUGGCUCUUCUUUAUCAGUCCUUCAGGGGUUUAUCAGCCCCAGAGGCAGAGAUGUUGUACAUGCAGGAGCUGGAGAAAAUGGAAGGCUAUGGCCAGGAAAGCUAUCAAGCCAAGGACAGUACAGGCACAGAUGUUACCCUGGGAUCCUGCCUUGAUGGCAUCUUUGUCAAGCAUAAAAAUGGCAGACCACUUCUUUUAUUUAGGUGGAAUGAAAUUAACAACAUGACUCACAACAGGUCCUUCUUUGCCCUGGAGCUAGCCAACAGAGAGGAGAGUGUUCAGUUCCAGACCGAAGACAUGGAAACCUCCAAAUAUGUGUGCCGGAUGUGUCUGGCCAGACUCAAGUUUUAUAAGAUUAACAAAAGUAGCCUAGAGGAGUGUGACCCCCUGCCUUCUGAGGGCUCCCAGAAGUCCCUUCUCACUCUAUCCUUUCCUCGCUUUCCAAUGCUCUCUCGUCCCUCUCUGCCUUCUAAUAAGGGCCAAACCCAGCCCACAGUUGUCAACCCAGUCAGACGGAGAUCCUCUACUAGAAUAUCUCUGCCAAAGCCUCAGGCCUACAUGAUGCCCCCUCCGCAAAUGCACUACAAUGGCCAUUUCACAGAGCCUUACACAUCAUCACAAGACAACCUGUACAUGAACAGUCAGAACGGUUAUUACUACCACUCCCAGACCAGCCUGGACUGCUCUCCUCUAGAAUACAGCAGCGGAGGGCGUUUACGUAAUGGCAGCGUGUACAGCGCCCACAGCACCAGCUCUCUAACCAAUCCCCAGCACUACCUUCAGCCUUCACCCAUGUCCUCCAACCCCUCUAUCACUAGUGAUAUCACCAGGCCGGACUAUGUCCCCUCGCAUCGCCACAGUGCUCUCAUCCCACCUUCCUACCGUGCCACUCCUGAUUACGAGACAGUGAUGCGUCAGAAGACCCGAGGAGCAGGAGGAGGGAUGGUUUUGUCUCAAGAGCACCGGCAGAGCCACUCCAUGAGGAACCUGAACAUUGGAAACUCGUACGCCUACAGCAGACCAGACCCUCUAGUUUACAGCCAGCCAGAGAUAAGAGGGGAGCAUGGCGGAGCAGCCCAACACCACCACUAUCCCUUCCAUCUGGGCUCCAGCUUCCACAGCCCCUCUCCAUACCCCUACCCUACAGAGAGAAGGCCCGUAGUGGGGGCGGUUAGUGUCCCGGAGCUCACUAAUGUCCAGUUACAACAGGCACAGGAGUAUCCAGCCCCAAACAUCAUGAGAACACAUGUGUACCGACCACCUCCGCCCUACCCAUACGCCCAUCCUCGGCCUGCAAACAGCACACCUGACCUGUCGCGUCAUCUGUACGUCAGCAGUAGCAACCCAGACCUGAUCAUCACGAGGCGUGUGCAUCACUCAGUCCAGACUUUCCAGGAGGACAGCCUGCCUGUUGCCCACUCUUUACAAGAGGUGUCAGAGCCUCUUUUCAGCGGACCACCACACAGACACCCAUACCAUGCUCAGAAGCGUAACUCCAUUGAGAUUGCUGGAUUAGCACAUAGUCUCGAGGGGAUGAGGAUCAAAGAGCGGACUGUGUCUUCUUCAGCAGCUGAAACUGCCACGCCCCCUCCUGUCCUGCGUGGCGGUCGCUCUCAGGGCUCUCAGCUCAACGUGUUUUUGGAACGUACUAAGACAGAGGACAGGGGUGACAUUAAGGAGGACGUACAGUAUGGACACAAAAAGUCCCUUUCAGAUGCCACCAUGCUGGUUCACAGUAGUGGUGAAGAAGAAGAGUUUGAGGACGAUAGCGGACGUCACACUCCACUUUCUCAGGAUGCAGUAGCAGCAAUUGUUCCUGACCAGCCGUCACAACCGCAUCACAGCUUGACAUCUCUCUCCUCUCUGACGCCUCAGCAACAGACUCCCAUAGAGCCACCUCCCGCAUAUCCCAUAGGCUCCUCUCUAGACCCCUCUAUAACCAGCUCCUUGACGUACAAGGUUCACCCCCUGAUCCAGGAGAGUGUGCCUCUGUACCUGCUGUCAGAUUUACGACAGUCCAGGAUUAUGCCGUCGGUCUCUGAGGGAGACCUGAGUGGCCAGACCAAGCAGAAGACUAAAAAAGACUUCAAGAAGAGGCCUGUGUCUGAUGUGCCUCCUGGGAAGAAAACAGUAGAGGGUUUGCCCCCUCCGGGCAUGAAGAAAGGAGCUAGGACAGAGGUGAAGAAGAUGGGCCCUCUGAAGGUGGCCCAUCUCAAUGGUCUGUCAGUGUCCAGGCAGCCAAUGCACGACGAGGUCAAGGAUGAGCCUGAAAGAGCCUCAAAUGACGAGAGGUGUAAAGUGCUGGAGCAGCAUAUGGAGAGGGGAGAGCUGUUAAAAGAGUACGAGAGUAUCCCAAAGCGUCGUCCAUCAGGGGAAUGCACCAUCGCCCAGCUGCCAGAGAGCGGAGACAAAAACCGCUUCCAAGACGUCCUGCCUUAUGAUGACACCCGAGUGGAGCUGGUUCCCACUAAAGAGAACAACACAGGAUACAUCAAUGCAUCACAUAUUAGAAUAACAGUAGGUGGACAGGAGUGGAGCUAUAUUGGCACACAGGGUCCCCUGACAAACACGUGUCAGGACUUCUGGCAGAUGGUGUGGGAACAGGGUGUCUCCAUCAUUGCCAUGGUCACUGCUGAAGAGGAGAGUGGCCGAGAAAAGAGCUUCCGGUAUUGGCCCCGACUUGGCUCACGACACAACACAGUGACGUACGGUCGCUUCAAGAUCACAACGCGGUUCCGCACAGAGUCCGGCUGCUACGCCACCACGGGGCUAAAGAUCAAACACCUCCUGACGGGCCAAGAGAGGACUGUCUGGCACCUGCAGUACACAGACUGGCCUGACCACAGCUGUCCUGAGGACUUCAAAGGCUUCCUCACCUACCUGGAGGAGAUCCAGUCUGUGAGAAGACACACAAACAGCAUCAGUGACCCAAAGAACACCAACCAACCAGUUUUGGUCCACUGCAGUGCUGGAGUAGGACGGACUGGAGUGGUCAUCCUGUCGGAGAUCAUGAUAGCCUGUUUAGAGCACAAUGAGCCGCUGGAUGUCCCAAAAUUCCUGCUUAAACUGCGUGCACAGAGAAUGAUGAUGGUUCAGACCUUGUCUCAGUACACUUUCAUCUACAAGGUCCUAAUCCAGUACCUCCGCAACUCCAGGCUCAUAUGAGCACAAGUGUCUGUCCGGCCCAACUUCAUCCCCCAACAUACAGUCAUCACAGAUGAUUGUAGGAUGGAGUUUGCUCCAGGUUUAUGCCAAACUGCACUGUGAAGAUGCAGCUGUGUAAACCUGUUCAAUGUAGCAGUCAUUAUUUGGUGGUAUUGAAUCAGGAAAGGCUGAAGGAAUGAUGUGUGAUGUACAAGAAAGAAGCAAUACCACAUGGAGCAUCAAGACUUAUGACCUGCCUCUAAACAGUAUUAUAAAUAUUAUUUUUUACAUACAUUAUUGCUUAAUAAAGCCCAGCACUUUUACAGUACUUUGCUGUACAUAAUGAACCAAUGUUAAGCUGCAUUAAAAAUCUCUUAUAUAGUGUAUCAAAAACAGUUGUAUUUUCAGUUGACUAAGGUCACUUUUUUGAAUGAAUAUGUUUUGGAUUGUCGUUUGGUAACUAUUGGUUCUGAUAAUGGACUUUCCAAUAGUAAUGAAGACAGUGGAUAAAGCUCUGAAAUGAUCAGAUUGUCUCAUAUGGAUGUUUGAUUACGGAGCUCAGAGUUCAGAUAGUUUAACUUUUAUCGUGUGGGCUCGUGUGGUACAGAUGGGUUUGUCCCUGCAUUUAACUUAAUAAGAAUAUAUAAAUUUCUAUUUAACUGAAUGAUGCUAAUGUAUACCCCGUGAUUGGGCUGUACUACUUGGUAUGGGCAAUCUUCAUGUUAAAAAGCCGUGGUUACCAACCAAACAUAAAGUAACUGCUAAAAACAAAUGUAUAUUCUCUCUGUGCACAAAUAUGAUUGUCCUUAGAAAUAAGGGAGAGAGGUGAUGGAUUGGUCUUUGUAAAACACUGGAUUGAUCGAGAAGGUUUUUUUGGGUUGAGAGUAAAACCGGAAAAUUAAUUUUAUACAAAUUUUUCAUCCUUUUUUUGAUCAUGAGAACUCGGAGUGCUGUAUUUGAGCAUUAUAUAAAUCAAUAUUCUUCAAAAUAUUUUGUCAAAACAAAGUGCCUAAAUAUCUGUAUUGUAAAGUUGAAAGGGCUGUGUAUUUUUGCAGGAAGGAAGUUUUCUCAUUCAGUGUCAUUUAUUACUUGUUUGAUUGCAGUGAAGUUUAUUAAUGCCAAUCGAUACAUUUAAAAAAACAUCCCAGCAUAAAGCACAAGGAUUGCAAACAAUAAUAAUUGUGAUAAUUCUUGAAUUUGACUUAGAUCCUUUAAGUUGUGAUAGUUAGGCCUUAGUUUCAUUAAAUAUGUAAAAAAUUGGGAAAAUAAGGGCACUUGACAGUAUUUAAAUGUCACUAACAGUGCUGUGCAGCGUGUCAGCCGUGGUGCUCAGAAAGUCUGAGGAACAGAUCAUCUCUAGUUAAGAUAUUCUGCCUGCUACGCUUGUUUUCACUCCAGUGAGAAAUGUCCCUGUGCAGAGACACUUCUGCUGUUACACAUGGCCUCCUGACUAUUAAAGAAUGCUUAGGCUACACAUUUGCAUAAAAGGAGCUGAACGCAGUACGUGUCCAUUUUCUGCUGCAGCUAUUUGUAGUAUUUAGAGCUUAAUUAUGAAGUUCACCUGUACAGAAACAAUGCUUGCAGGCAUUGCAAAGUUUACAUUAAGUGAAGUAUCUUUUUAACAAUGUUUAUUUGAAAUAUUUUGCUGGUAUUAUCAAUUCAAGGCACCAACUUAAUUUAUAAUGUGGCCGAAGUGAUUGUUAGUCCCUUUAUUUGUCUUACCCUGAUGUUUUUGUUGAGAAGUUGUUGGUGUCAGACACUUGGGCAGUGAUCUUAACUGGAGGAAAAUACGUCUUAACUGAUGUUGAGAUGUAUUUUAACUGGACAUUU